AUGCCCAAAUCUAAUGCCUCUGAAGUCCAGGAAUUAACUCACCUAAAUCGCAAGUCCAGAGUACCUACAUCUGAAUCUAUUUGCAACAGUGGGAGCUUUAGCAACAGCAGCUUCUUCGAUGAUGACGAAUUUGAAGCCGCUGAAAUCCUGCUUCAACUGCCGCAGCUGAUAGCCCAAGAGAAAUAUGGAUUUGGUUCUUCGUUUUCGUUCUCUUGGGGUGCUAAAAGAAGGCGAUCUACAGCCGAGUCAAACCCAUUACCUCCUCAUCUUCCUUCAUCUCCACCUCUGCUUUCUAACUCCUACAAUAGUAGCAAAUCGAGCCUCAAGGUCAAGUCUUCAAGUCCUGUAACCCCUCUUUCCUUCUCUCCCAACGAAUCCGAUUCCAAGCCCGUGAUGGUAUAUAACAGAAAGAAGAUGACGAAACAGGAAAUGCUUGAAAUCAUACAGCAUUUAGGAGAGAACGCAAGAAUACUAAAACAGGUAAAUUUGUAG